UUUCCCAAAUAACUCUGGAUGUUCAGUUGCAGGGCCAGCGCUGCCUCCAGGCUAUAAAAGCAGCUGUAGCUCAGAAACUCCUGAUAGUGAUGACGACUCAGAAUCUCUUCCUCUACCCAGAGAUGCAAACAGAGAUUCUGAAGAGGAGACAGAAGGAGGUCCAGCACCCAAAAAGCCAAAAAGAAUUCAGGAAGACGAUGAUGAUGAUGGCUUUUUUGGGCCUGCUCUUCCUCCUGGAUUUAAAAAACAGGAUGAUUCUCCAGAGAGGCCCAUUAUAGGUCCUGCAUUACCACCUGGCUUUAGGAAACCUUCGCAGGACACCGGGAAUAGCAGAUGUUCCAUAGGACCAUCUGUUUCAUCAGAGUUCUGCGCCCAGGUAACAGAUAGUAGUGAGGAAGAAGAGAAUCUCAUAGGCCCAAUGCCUGCGAAAGGACCAGUGGAGUGUGAUGUGACUAAAGAAUUUGAACGCAGAGCUCAGAGAAUGAAGGAAAAGCUUACUUCAGCAGACAGUGAUGAACCCAAGCAAGUUACCAGGGAAUCGUGGAUGACAGAGCUUCCACCGGAAUUGAAAAGCUUUGGAUUUGGCCCAAGGACAUUUAAGAGAAGAGCUGAUGACAAAUCAGGCGAUAGAUCUAUUUGGACAGAUACUCCAGCUGACAGAGAGAGAAAAGCCAAGGAAAGAGAAGAGUCAAAAAAGUCAACCAGUAAGGAUAACGAAGAAAUUGUAUUAUCUGGGAGAGACAAGAGAUUUGUUGAGCAGGUGACUUCGUACAAUGAGUCAAAGAGGUCAGAGUCUCUCAUGGACAUACAUCAGAAAAAGCUAAAGAGCAAAGCAUCCGAAGAAAAGAACAAACCUCAAGAAAGAAGGCCGUUUGACCGAGACCGGGAUCUCAAAGUCAAUCGGUUUGACGAAGCACAAAAGAAAGCUCUUAUAAGAAAAUCCAGAGAUCUGAAUACUAAAUUUGAGCAUAGUAAAGGCAAUAUGUUUUUAUAGCACAAAAUGACGCUUUUGUGAAGUGAAGGCUAUUAAACUUUGAAUGCUUAAUUUUUUAAGUAUUUUUCUGUAAAUAUUUGUAUGCAAAAUAAAUAUCCUGAUGUUUAACUA